UAACUAUCACGGGCACCCAAUUGCACAUGGCCGACUCUUUGAGGAGUGGAAAUUUUUAAAAUACUACAAAAAAGGACGAAAAACAUAAUAUUUAAAGCGUUUGCAAGAUGAGGCCGUUGAUCGAAGAAGAGACGAAGCUUGUGUUUGAGAAACUGGCCAAAUAGUAAGUUUUAGGGUUUUACUUUAUCGUUUAAAUGUGCUUUAUUGCUUUCUCUAUUCGGUCUCCUCGUACUCUCGUAGUCUUUAAUAGGCUCGUAGAGAUGCGAGUUCACUGAAUUGAAAUCUUCAUGCUCAAAUUAGUCUACACCGCACAUUUUAUGAUGAUUGAACUUUCAUGUCGUUUGAUGUUUGAAUUUUGCACUUUGAGAAUAGGCAAUUGAUGUAAAAAUGAAAUCCAUGGCACCUGGUGGAACACGGGGGGACGGCCUCCUAGAAGUGAAAGUGAGGGGCUUACCCCUAAUUUAUGGAAAUUAGUCCCCCCCAAAAAAAAACCCCAAACCAAACUGUUCUACCACAACUGUUUUUGUCUUUGGUUGUUCAUCGUUACAUGUAAAUGAUUGUCAUUGCCACAUUAAUAUUUCUUUUUAAAAUUACUUCUAGCAUUGGAGAGAAUUUGAAACUGCUUAUUGAGCGACCGGAUGGAAACUACUGUUUCAGGCUUCAUAGGGAUAGGGUAUAUUAUGUGAGGUGAGCCAAUAUCUGAUGUAAGGAUUUCUUGAUGAAUCAGAAUAGCAAUGUUUCAUUGACAAUAACAAACCAUCAUUUUAGGGAAGACAUCAUGAGAAAAGCGACUAAUGUUGCGAGAGAAAAUCUGGUUUCCCUCGGCACCUGUUUUGGCAAGAUGACUAAAUCUGGCAAGUUUCGCUUGCACAUUACUGCCCUAGAAUACCUUGCUCCUUAUGCAAAGGUUAGUAUGCAGAAUUUGGCAACUAUUAAUUGUUUUCACCAAUAGUAAAAGACAGUUAGAUGUAUGUUUGUGUUUUAUGCAAUUCAUACCCCCAUCUACCAGUGGGGGGGGGGGGACUCUGUAUUCCAUAUUGUUUAGAUUUCAUACUUAAGUUUUGGCUGAAAAACAAAUACUAUGAGGACAAAUGUAAUGAAUAAAUGUAGUGCUCAGAAUGCAGGAAAUCGCAUUUCAUGGCUUCAAAUUUCAAAAAUUAUUGUGGACCCCCAUAGUAAUGCAUCCUCCUCUGGAAAACCUCCAGCCCCUCUAACAAUGAAAUCAGAUAUGCUCCUGCUGAAACCUUAAACCAUUUUAGUUUAAGAUAUGGUUAAAACCUGGUGCAGAGCAGUCGUUCCUAUAUGGAAAUCAUGUCGCAAAAUCAGGCCUGGGUAGAAUCACCGAAAACACAGAACAAUAUCAGGGUGUAGUUGUUUACUCAAUGAACGAUCUACCACUGGUGAGUAUGUAUAUACACUUCAGGGCUCCUAUAUGCAUAUACAUAAUUAGGCCACAUGCAAUAUUCUAUUAUUUGUUCUUUUUUAUCCAGGGUUUUGGUGUUGCGGCAAGGUCAACUCAAGAUUGCCGCCGUGCUAAUCCUACAGAUAUCAUCUGCUUUCAUCAAGCUGACAAUGGGGAAUAUAUCCGAUCUGAAGAUACAUUGACAUAGAGUAUUUGUAGCUACUGUAGAUAUACUGAGCCUUUGGGGCUACCUCCUCUGCACUUUUAAAUCAGUAAGAUAUAGGAAUUCAUCACAGCCUGGGGAUGAGGUAGCCUUUAGGGGUAUAUAACUUAUCUGAAGAUGAGCUUUGUAUUUAUACUUGCCUGAUGAUAGAUUGAUCCAAAGUAUUUGUAUCUACACAUAGACACAUGUAGCUCUUCGUUAAAUAUCUCGGGUAAAAUAACAGAGUUAAAGAUUUAAUCAUGCGAUGAGAGUUGUAAAGUUUAACUGAAGGCUAAAAACUUGGGAUUGAUUUUAUGGAUUACUAUAAACUCAAUCUUAAGGGACGUCUUAUGAAAUCCUAUGGCUGUGAUGUAAUGCAUCUAUCAUCAAUAAUUAUUUAUUAUCAACUUUAUGAUAGUUUUAAAAUUCAAUAAUAAAACGUUGUACAUACGUCAGCG